CUGCAGGCGGCAGAUUUUAACAGCAGGGGGAGAGCGCAUUCAACAGAUGAUGUGUUCUGCUCCAGAUGACAGCCGAGGGCCCGCACAGCCGAUCAGUCUUUCCGGGGUUCAAACAGCAAGUCGGGUGUGCUUGCUGAGAGUCAAGGGACGCCGAUGAUAAUUUGAUAGUUACUAUAUAUCUGUGCAGCGUUUGCAUCAACAGCAGGCAACACUGCCUUUCAAGAAAACGCCCGGCGCGGCACGACACCAAGGAUUUCAUUUAAGUAACGUUACUAACUUACAACGGCUAACCGUUAACAGCUAAAUAGUUAGCCACGGCCGCAGACAGGUAUGUCUGAAGUUAGUCUUGAGGCUGAAUCGGGGAAGACCUCAGCCGAGGACCCUCAGAUGGAUUAUAAGGAGGCUGACGAAGCAGAGGAGAGUUUGAGUGAGGGUGUGAAACAGGAGAGUGUAGACACAAGUAGGGGAAAGGAUGAUAGAGAUGAGGUGCUGUACGACAUUGAUAUUAACAGUGCUGAAGAACAUUCAGAAAACAGUGACAAGGAUGUUCAGAAAGAAGAUGAGGGCAUUCAGAGUGAGAGUGUGGUGACGUGCAGUGACGGCGCUGCUGCUGCACACGUGUCUGGCAGUGUAGACAAUGGGGGACACGAGACAAAUCAUCAUGUUGAAACAGCUGAAACGCCAGAGGAGAGUGGAGAUUCUCACACUGAAACAAAGGAAAGCACAAUGGCUGAGGAGUCCCAGAGAAGCUCAGCCGCUGAGAUCCCAGUCACCAGCAACGGAGAACUGGAUCAGAGCCCGGAGACAGUAUUCCAGAGGGACCCUUACUCUGGUGGACCUGGGGCCCUAAACCUCUCAGAGUCUUGUGUAACCUCCAGCAACUUUGCCUCAACAACAGAGGGCAUUAUUGAAUCAGGACCAUACAAAGGGUCAGCAAGCCUGCCCACAUCUCCCGUGACACCUGUAGCUCCCAGCUCAGCUGUUGCUAGCCGCCUGGCGCGCUCUUCCAGCGAUAGUCAGGCCGAGAAAGGCGCUAUGAACGCACAACCAAAGAGUGGAGCAGUGGUCCUUUCAGAUGACUUAAAGAACCCAGCCAUGGAAAAACUGGACCUAGUGAGAAAGUGGAGCAUCAACACAUAUAAAUGCACCAGACAGAUCCUGUCAGAGAAGCUGGGUCGGGGCUCAAGGACUGUGGACCUAGAGCUGGAGGCCCAAAUCGAAGUCCUCCGUGACAACAAGAGGAAGUACCAGAAUGUGAUCAAGCUGGCUCAGACGCUGGCCAGUCAACUGUCCCAGAUGAUGCAGACACAGAGGCAGCUGGGCGACGCCUUUGCCGACCUCAGCCUCAAGUCACCAGAGCUCCAUGAGGAGUUUGGUUACAACGCUGACACCCAAAAGCUGUUGUCCAAAAAUGGAGAGACUCUGCUGGGUGCCAUCAACUUCUUCAUCUCCAGUGUGAACACGCUUGUGGACAAAACAAUCGAAGACACCAUGCUCAAUAUAAAACAGUAUGAAAUCGCCAGGGUUGAGUAUGAUGCGUACCGUACGGAUUUGGAGGAGUUGAAUCUGGGUCCACGCGACGCCGUCACCAUGCCCAAGAUCGAGCAGUCACAGCAGCAGUUCCAGAUCCACCGUGAGAAGUUCGAGAGGAUGCGAAACGACGUCUCCGUCAAGCUGAAGUUCCUGGAAGAGAACAAGGUGAAGGUAUUGCAUAACCAGCUCAUCCUGUUCCACAAUGCCAUAGCUGCCUACUACGCUGGAAACCAACAGCAGCUGGAAGAGACUCUCAAGCAGUUCCACAUCAAGUUGAAAAUGCCAGGUGGGAACAGUCCAUCUUGGCUGGAAGAGCACUAAUCAAUCCUUUCUUUCCUUUUCACUCAUUUAGUGGCUCAGUUUGUUUUGACAGGAAAUGUCAAAUUCUACAGAAACUACAGGAACCUCCCUCCUCCCUUCAACUCCGCUGUUAACUACUUUUCAAACUUUCAGAACUGUAAAUCUUUUAAGGAAAUACAAGAAAAGGAAAAAAAAAAACGCCCACAAUCCGUUUUACUCUUGCUGUUAUACUUAAUCAUUCUUUUCAUCUCUGCAGUUGUUUGAAAUCAUAGGAAAUGCA